ACCGCAUCGCGCCGCGCUCUUGCUCUUGGGCUCCUUCUUGUUCGCUCGGUUCUCCCUGUCACUGACUGCCAUUUUCUUCCAUUCCCUUUCGUUUUUUUUUUGUUUCUCAUGCUCCCUGAACCAUUUCCAUCAUCCCUUCUCUCUCCGGUUGGAAACUGGCACACACCUCUCUACACACAGAACAAACGAAUACCUACCUAUCUUACACACACGCAUAUACCUUACUCGGGCACGGCAUCCCAGGGACACCUCGACUUGGGCUUGAUCCUGGCAUAAGACACUACACUACCUACACUGGGACGUUGCGUUGCGUUUGCGCCGCCGACUUGCUUGACGCUCCGCUUGCUGCUUCUGCAGCCCCCAAAAGUGCUUGUCUGUCACCUUUACGCUACCUGUCGUAUCCUUCUCUUGCUAUUGCUACCUACCUACCUACCUUCUACUCCGUACUGCCGCUACGCUGCUGCUGCACUUCUCUCACUCUCUCAACAUAGCCCAACCGAGCCUCCCCCAUGUUCUCGUCAUAGCCCACCCCCCCUUCCUCUCAUCGCUGCUGUUGUUUCUGCCCCUUCUCUUUCCUUCAUUUACCCUAACCUCUUCCCUCUCUCUCUCUCUCUCUCUGCAGUUCUCAUUCCCUUUUCCCGCUCCUUGUUUCCCUUCUUCUCCCCCCGCCAUUCCUUGCGUGCGGCCACCGCCAAAGGCUCCUUUCUCUCGUUCCCACCCCUUCUUCCCUGCCUGUGUGUGCUGCACAGCGCGGACCCCGAGUCAAUCGCAUCCAAAGAGAAGACUGUUAGGUGCUUGAACCGCCAAGGUUUCUCAACUGCAUCAUAAAGAGCGAGAGAGAUCUACCUAUAUAGGUACUACGUAGAAAGACCGGACCAUCGGGUGAGUUCAUCCCCCAUCUUCUUCCCAACUCUACUUCUUCUGCUUCUUCUCAAACACAACACACCCCCACGGACCACACAAUCUACACCUUUCUUUUACUCCAAGACCCAAAACGGAAGACGUCUGCGCGAGAAAAAGGAACGGUGGUGACUGACGUUGGCCCGGUUCUGUGGGCGCCGUGUGUAGCCAGCUCAUCCCGUCCCGUCCACGUACUACGUCCUACGAAUCGCAGACGGUCGCCACCCUCCCAUUGAUAACCUCGCGCCGGUCCAUCCCCCGCCAGCAACGCUUCUCUGCGAUACCGAUACCCACGACCGUCCGUACCCACCUCGUCCACACGUUGCAUAUAAUCAUGUCAAACGGUCCACCCCAGUCCAUGCCUCUACAAACCCAACACCAGAACAAGGUUGAUGGGAGUUCCGGUCCCUUCGCCUCAGAUACAAACACCCACAAUGCAGCAGACUUCAACGACAUCUCUUUCCCUUACGUCUCCAACCCUCAGAUCCAGUUCCAGACACACACAAUAGCACCCUCGCCGCCCUUGUCCGAAUCAUCCUUUCAGCAACUGGAGCCUCCCUCGAGUCAGAGACCCGGCCCCAGUCCACUUGCCGCCAGCAAUUCACUCCGAAUCCAGACGUCAGACUUUCAUCCCAACCUCCCCACACGAACCGACAUUCACUCAAACGACGCCCUUUCGACCCCGCGCCGCCCGAGUAACGCCCUCCAAAAUAAAACCUCGUCCUCCAAUCUCAAACCCAUAUCCCGUACCCCAAGCUUCAAAGCUGCCAUCGCCAACAGCCUAGGUCCCGCAUCGGCUACAAGUUCGUGCAUGCCCAGUCCGAUUCUCUCGGCUAUGAGCGACGUCACCCCGCUGCCUUCACCUUUGUUAUCUGGAGACUCACCCGGCCCUUGGAGACGUCUUGGUGUGCGACCGCCUUCAAGGGAUCAAAUGCAAAACCCAGCCCCGGACUCCGUCCUCGUCACGUCUACCGGCGAAUCAAUAGCGGUAGCCUUGGCCAACGCCUCAAAACGCAAAGUCUAUGCUGGCCUGGUGGCCGAGGGCUCUGACGGUGCGGGCGCAAAGGGGCCGGUGAAUGGCAAGGCCGAACACGCGCGGAACCGAAGCAUCAGCGAGUACAUCCCGGAUCCCAAUUACGUUCCCAAGCGACACAUCACCGUCUCGGGCUCCCACACGAAGCCGACAAACGGCCCCGACUCUGGCCUCCAGCCGCACAUGCGCCGGGAGGCCAAUCUUGCAGAAUCAAGAGGCCUGACACCGGCGAUUGUGCAACCACCGACUCCGCCACCGAGCGAAUCAUCAAGAGACUCGACCGAAAUGGCCAUCGGCAAACCGAAACCCGCGAUACCCGAGUACUUCGAAGCCUACGGCCGCGACCGAAAGAAGAGAAGAUGGAGGGCAAUCAAGACCCUUGGCCAGGGAACGUUCAGUCGAGUGAUGCUGGCAACGAGCCAGAUGGAUGACGGAAGCGAAUUACUACGAACCGAUAACAGCCUCACCCCGAUAUCCAAAAUGUCGCCAUCAUUCAGAAAGACUCUUGUCGCAGUCAAGGUCUGCGAACACGGCCCUCGAGGAGGAGCGAGCGAGGAGAGAAUCGAAAUGUCACUGAAGCGCGAACUCGAGAUCAUGCAGACCAUCAGCCACCCUUCCCUGGUCCACCUCAAGGCGUGGAACAUUGAGCCAAGCCGCGCCAUCUUGGUCCUCAGCCAUUGCCCUGGGGGCGAUCUGUUCGACGUGGCUACAGGCCAUCGCCAACUUCUCAAACCAGCCUUAUUGCGAAGGAUGUUUGCCGAGUUGGUGGGCGCUGUACGGUACCUGCAUGAGCGCAGGAUCGUCCACAGGGAUAUCAAGCUCGAGAAUGUACUCGUGAACUUGACGGCACCUGAGCUCGCAGACCCCUCAAUUGACUGGACGACGUACCCGCACUCGGUCAUCACCCUCACCGAUCUCGGUCUUUCCCGCCGCAUCACCGACGACGAGAAACUCGAGACGAGAUGUGGCUCGGAGGAUUAUGCCGCUCCCGAGGUUAUCAUGGGACUGCCCUACGACGGCCGCGCCACCGAUGCGUGGUCUCUGGGUGUCUUGCUCUACGCACUUCUCGAAGCUCGCUUGCCUUUCGAUCCUUACCCAAACACGAUGGACGGCCACCGCAUGCGCAGCCGCACCAGUCACCGCAUAGCACGCGCAGAGUGGCGCUGGAUCGACUAUGCCGGCCAGGAUGGCGAUCACGAAGGCGACGAAGCCAAGUUUAAGGAGCGCGGUCUCCUCGGUGCAAUGGAGAUUACCGAGGGCCUGUUGCAACGCGCAAGGAGUCGGUGGGUACUAGAGAAGGUGGCAGACAACGAAUGGGUCAAUGGAGCGAUCCAGGUCAGCGGCGGCGUGCGCUUCCGCGAAGAGGUACAAGGCGCAGAGGUUUAAUGAUAUUGGAGAGGCGUUCUCUCCGUGAUACCCCCUGGCAAUAACGACGGGACACAGGGAAAGGAAAUGGGUUUCGGUUACGGUAUUUGGGGCCCGGUUGUACGAGUAGGUGGGACGAACGCACGGUUGGUUGCCGGACGGACAGUGGGCGUACAUGAGAGACAACCUGGCAUGCGCAUGAUGACUUGCUUCUUGGUUGUUGGGUACUUCCCAUUGGUUUCCCCUUUUUCUUUAUUAUGUUCAAGGCGAGUAUUUUGCACUCGCAAGUAGGGCUGGGAGGGAGCCUGAGAUGUCCGGGCUCUCACUCUCAGCUCGGGGACAAUCAAUGUCCCAGUUUACUCGGUGACCUUUUUAGAUUUGAGCUCAUGAACUUAACCAAAAAAAUUCUUAGAGGCGGAUGGCUCAAACUUUUUGUCUACUUUCUGUGGGGAUAGCGUCGGUGUUUUGUAUAUAUCAGCUGGGAAACCAAUCUUUCUUUAUCUUCUUCUUCUCUCCGA